AUGUCUCAACAAAACUAUCCUCCACCACCCAUGACAGCGCCGGCCCAUAUAACCUCAUUUGCGCAAUCCCAGAACCAAAUAGAUACGGCUCCCGCAUUCCACUAUCCACCUCCCCCAAGGCAACCGUCUCAAAAUGGAGUAUAUCCCUCGGUCACCCCACCAGCAGAGAGUCCGCAGCCCCAUCGACAUACCUCUUCGAGUGGAGGAUAUGUAGCCCCUUCGAACGGAGGAUAUGCAGCACCCCCGAGUGGAGGAUAUCCGACUCCUUUGAGUGGGGGAUAUGCAGCUCCUUCGAGUGGAGGGUAUGCAGCCCCACCGAAGUCAGUGAGCCCACCACAGGAGCUAGUUGCUCAGCACAAUGCAGCUGCUUUCGAGAACAACAGUCUCAUUGGAAUGAAACAAAUGCCCGGAGGAGCCCCGGCAUAUGGAGAGUUUAGUGGAGCAGGGGCAAACAGCCGAGAUGAUACUGGGACCUUCAACGGUGGCAGUUUUAGGAUCAGCCACCGAGAUACCAACUCUGUUUUGACAGUGCAACUGGCAGUAGGUUGUCCUUUGACUGUUAGACCCGGUGCCAUGAUUGGAAUGUCUCCAACGCUUACACUGAGAGGAAGCGUCUCGUUCUCGUUGAAGAAAUUUGUCAUUGGGGGUAGCAUGACUAUGUCCCAUUACACCGGUCCUGGUGAGCUUUUGCUGGCACCUUCAGUAUUGGGAGAUAUCAUGGCCGUCCACAUGGAAGAACCAGACAAAUGGAAGAUUGGACGUGACGCCUUCCUUGGACAUACCGUGGGUGUCGAGCAUAAGUACCAGGCCCAAAGUUUGUCCAAGGGUGUUUUCUCCGGCGAGGGAUUUUUCAUCUAUCACAUUACAGGGGCUGGCAUUCUUUGGAUCCAGAGUUUCGGUGCAAUUAUUCAAAAAGAUCUUGCAGAGAAUGAGUCAUACUUCGUCGACAAUGGACACCUUGUGGCGUGGAACUGCUCGUACAAGAUGGAGCGUGUGGCCUCUGGUGGUAUCAUCUCCGGUAUCAGCUCUGGUGAGGGUCUUGCGUGUAGGUUUACAGGACCUGGAACUGUCUAUCUACAGACCAGAAACCUGAAUGCCUUCGCCGCUCAAAUGAAGAUGAGCACAGCAAGUGGUUAA